GAAAACUGAGCUAGUUCAGAAUCUAAUGCAACUGUUUAUUUUUUCUGGUGAGACUCCAUUGCAAAGAUGACUGUCCAGUACCAUGCUUCUACUGUGACAAACAUGGACAUUGAAGAAAGUAAAAUUGGCUUUAAGCAGUUUCUCGGGGUUCGCACCAGCCCCCGCAAUUCAGUUUCUUUUGUGUUGAGGAACAAUUCCUACAGGGUUGCCACAGUUUGCCUCGGGCUCCUCUGUGUUCUCAUGCUGGCCGGUAUCAUAGGUCAGAGCAUCCACUAUCAAAAAGUUGAAAAAGAAAACCAAGACAAUGUAAAAAUCAUCGACAAAGAGAAAGAGUACUUGAAGGACAGCCUGAAGUCAGUGCAGAAAGAGAAAGAGGAUAUUGAAGCCAAACGGACUCAGUCACAGAGAGAUUACAAUGUUUUAUCUCAAAAGAGAGACCAAAUAGAGGUAAAUAAAAAUAUGCUGAGUGAAGAAAUAAACAAACUAAAGCUCAGGCAAAGCCAGUUCGAGACCACUAACAAGGCUUUGAACAAAAACAUUGAACAGCUGAGAGCCAGUAAAAGCCAGUUGGAUACCAAUUACAAUGUCUUGUCUGCAGCCAAAGACCUAACAACAGAAAUAAACACUCUUCGGGAAAAUUUCAACUCUCUUAAAAAAGUAACAGACAAUUUGCGGGCUGAUUGCAAUAUGUCGGCUCGGAAAAAAAAAGAGCUUGAAAGCAACUUAAAUAAUGUGACUGCAGAGGGAGAACUGCUGAUGGUGAAAAUCAGCAACCUGACUGCUGAGAGAGAUAAUCUCCAGGGCCUAGUUGACAAAAAGACAAUGCAAGAUAGGAAGUGUGUCAAUGGCUGGCAGAAGUUCGAGAACAGCUGCUACUACACUUCUUAUGGCAACAGAACCUGGCAGAAAAGCAGAGAAUACUGUCAAAGCAAAGGAGCAGACCUGGCAAUCAUCACAAGCCAAAAUGAGAUGCACUUCAUCGAUGGCUUGUGUGGAAAUAAUAGAGUCUGGAUUGGAUUGGCUGAUGAAGGAGUAGAGGGCGUGUGGAAAUGGGUGGACGGUACACCACUGACCUUAGAGUUCUGGGGUGCAGGCCAGCCCAACAGCUAUAAAGGGACGGACCAGGACUGUGUGGAGUUCUGGCACCGUGAGUCAGGGAAAGCGGAAUGGAAUGAUGAGAACUGUAGAAUAAAACAAAACUUUAUCUGUGAAAUGUAGUGUUUUUCCUGUAUGGGCAGUGCCUUGGUUACUGUAGGUUACGUGCCACCUGACACUAAUAACUAUAAUCUUGAUAAUCAGUCUGUUUAGUGUAGAGAGGACUGCUGUCAGUACAUUGUAAAAAAUGACAAUAUUAAUCACAGUGACUAAAUUUACAUGGGCACCAAUAUUCCAAAUAUUGAAUUUAUUCAGAAUAAGACAAUUAUUUGAUUAUGGUGUU